AUGAGAUUUGGAAAGAAGGGCAAGCUCACUCCACGUUACAUUGGACCCUUUGAAGUAUUGGAAAGGGUAGGCAAAGUAGCUUAUAGACUUGCGCUACCAAUGAGCAUGGAAAGAGUCCAUAAUGUUUUCUAUGUCUCUUUGUUGCAUAAGUAUGUUAGUGAUCCUUCACAUGUGCUUCAGAUGGAGGAAGUGGAAUUACAGGAUAUUUUGGCUUAUGAGGAACGCCCAGUUCAAAUCCUUGACAGAACGGUAAAAGAGCUCAGAAACAAGCAAAUUCCACUAGUUAAAGUACUUUGGAGGAAUUACAAGAUAGAAGAAGCUACUUGGGAAAUGGAUUAA